AUGUUCACAACAUUGACAGGGCCUUCGAUGUUGUCAAGGAGAUUGCUACUAAGUCGUAGUGUGCUUAAACCUACUACACCUUUACUGCUCCGCUGCUACUCAUCUGACCCAUUCCCAAUCAAACAAACCCAAUCAAAGAAAGUUGGAGAGCCAACAUCUAAAUUCGGCAAAUUAGUCAAAUAUGUUCAAUCUCAGUACUUCCAAGACAAGACUAUGCCGAGGAUCUAUCUCAGUGCUAUAAUAGUGUCAUUUAUUCCGUUGUACUUUUACAUGAGAGAUCGUUAUUACGAAGACAAACAGCUUAAAGUCAUUCGUGAAAAAUAUGCCAAUGAUCCCAAAUCAUUGAGCGAGUAUGAGUAUCUAGCGUUGAAGUCUUUGAGUCAAUCUGAUAAGCUUAGACCGUUGGAGCAGAAAAAGUACAAAAUUUACCAGCUUAUGAGAAAAGAAUUCAGACGUAAGAAUUUCUUGUCCGGGGAGAUGUUCAACCCUACCCCAGAGGAAUUAGACGAAUGGUAUCUGAAACAAGCUAGAUUCAGUAGCAAAAAAAAGAAGGCGCCGGUAUUGCAAGAUGUUCUGGAAGAAUAUAAAGUCAAUUUUGACAAUUCAUCCAUUGCUGCACCUGAAGACACGACAGACUUUUAUGAUUCUAAAGCAAAGGAAUAUGACGACGCUGUUAAAUGGGAAGAACGUGGUAUUUUCAUGGGUAUCAGAAGAAGAUGGUUGAUGUCUCAUGUCAAAGGUGAUGUUUUGGAGGUUUCUUGUGGAACAGGUAGAAACAUCCCUUACUUGUCUUCGUAUAUCGACAAAAUCAGAUCAGUUACAUUCCUUGACUCAUCAAAGAAUAUGGUUGAAGUUACAAAGGAAAAGUUUGAAAAAGCGUUCCCCAAUUUUAAAAAGGUUGCAUUUACUCAAGGAAAAGCUGAAGAUUUAUUGAAAAUGGCACCUGAUGACAAUUCUUUGAAAUAUGAUACUGUUGUUGAAGCAUUUGGUUUGUGUUGUCACGAGGAUCCGGUGCAGGUUUUGAGGAAUAUGGCAAAAUUGCUUAAACCAGGAGGAAGGAUCAUUUUGCUUGAACAUGGAAGAUCAAAGUGGGAUUUCAUCAAUAACCAUUUGGACUUCAGAUCUGAAAAGAGAAUGAAGAAAUGGAAAUGUAGAUGGAACUUGGAUAUUGGAGAGUUAGUUGAUGAGGCUAACCUAGACAUUACUUUGGAGAAAAGAGCACAUUUGAGCACUACUUGGAUGUUGGUGUUGAAACGACCAGAAGACCCCAUUACUUUAGAUGAAAAGCCGUUUUUAGACAAGUUGUUUGGAAGAGAAACAAAAUCAUUCAGAAAAUAA